GGGGAGGUGAGGGGGUCGGCGGUGGUGCCGGCGAUGAGGGGGCUGGUGGUGGCGUGCCUGGUGAUGUCGGUGAUGCUGCUCGCGGAGAAGGUGGCGAUGGGGAUGGUGGCGCUCUGCGUGAAGCUGCUGCGGCGGCGCCCCGAGAAGGUGUACAAGUGGGGUCCCAUCAAGCAGGACGAGGAGCUGGGCUCCGCCGCGUAUCCCAUGGUCCUCGUCCAGAUUCCCAUGUACAAUGAGCGCGAGGUCUACCGUUUAUCCAUCGGAGCAGUGUGUAAUCUAGUAUGGCCGUCAGAUCGUCUCAUAGUUCAAGUUCUAGAUGAUUCGACGGACUUGAUUACUAGGGACUUGGUGCAAAAAGAAUGCGAGAAAUGGGUGAGAAAGGGGAUUAACGUACAUUAUAUAUCAAGAGAUAAUAGGAAUGGGUAUAAGGCGGGCGCAAUGAAAGACGCGAUGGAGAUCGAUUAUGUGCAGCAAUGCGAUUAUGUCGCUAUAUUUGAUGCCGAUUUUCAACCAGAAUCUGAUUUUCUCGUUCGAACCGUACCUUUCUUGAUGUACAAUCCCGAACUUGCUCUUGUUCAAGCUCGUUGGAAGUUCGUGAAUGCUGAUGAGUGCUUGAUGACACGAAUACAAGAGAUGUCUCUCAACUACCAUUUCAAAAUUGAGCAACAAUCCGGUUCAUCAACCUUAGCAUUUUUCGGGUUUAAUGGGACGGCCGGGGUUUGGCGAAUCUUAGCUAUCAAAGAAGUCGACGGAUGGAAAGAAAGAACAACAGUAGAAGACAUGGAUUUAGCAGUGAGAGCAACUCUUGCUGGUUGGAAAUUUCUAUAUGUCGGUGGAAUUAAGGUUAAGAGCGAACUCCCCAGCACUUUCAAAGCUUAUCGAUUUCAACAACACCGAUGGUCUUGCGGACCCGCGAAUCUAUUUAAGAAAAUUGCAAUGGAGAUCAUAAAAGCUAAGAAGGUGCCAUUUCACAAGAAAUUAUUUUUGCUGUACAACUUCUUCCUCGCUCGGAGAAUUAUUUCCCACAUUGUCACCUUCUUCUUCUACUGCGUGGUGAUACCGGUAUCCGUAUUCUUCCCCGAAAUCGAAAUUCCGCGAUGGGGAGUCGUUUACAUUCCAGCAGCCAUUACCCUUCUCAACGCAGUGGGGACUCCCACCUCCAUUCAUCUCGUUCCAUUUUGGAUCUUGUUCGAGAACGUCAUGUCGUGGCACCGAUUCAAAGCUGUUAUAAUUGGCUUGAUGGAAGCGGACCGGGUGAAUGAGUGGGUGGUUACUGAGAAAUUAGGUGACACGAUGAAGACGAAACCAUUAGUCACUGUUGUUAACAAGCUACGUACCGAGUUCUGGAAAAGGUUUAAUUUUGCAGAGCUCGGAAUUGCAGCUUUUCUCAUACUGUGUGCAACAUACGAUUUCUUGUACCGAACCGAUCACUACUUCUUGUACAUUUACCCGCUUGCUGUAUCUUUCCUCAUCAUGGGAUUUGGCUACGUCGGCAUCGUCGUCCCCGGCGGGAAGUAGAUAAGAAUAAAAUGAGAAAAGUAGGCGGAUUUAAAUGCAAAAUCACAUCAGCAUAUUAUAUAGAGAGAGAGAGAGAGAGUAGGGCUACAUACUAUUAGGAGUACAGUAAUCCUUGUGCUUCUAAGUUUUUGACCGCCCAUCAAACUUGAUGGGUGGUUAGGGUGAAAGAGAGAAGAGAAAUUGAAGAGA